AUGCUAUCCAAUAUCGACGAGAAGGAGAACUUAGCCCGCAUGCAGCGGGGUGAGCUAUAUUACGCUUUCUCUCCAGAGCUGGUCGCUGCGCGCAAACGUUGCGGGCGUAUUGUUGGCCAACUCAAUCGUGCGGGGGAACUGUCCCGUCGAGAGCUGGCAGUGUACUGGAAAGAUCUAACGAAAGAUCCUCGGCCUCUGCCACCCCCCGGUGCGACAGACGAAGAAGAGGAUGCAAUCCUGCAUGAGUACCCGUGGAUUGAACGACCUAUCAAUAUAGAUUAUGGAACCAACAUCAAAGUUGGCAGCAACGUCUUUAUUAACUUCAACUGCACUAUUCUCGACACAUGUCUCGUGUCGAUUGGAGCGCGCACUCUUAUCGGCCCUAAUGUGUGUUUCUUUAGUGGCACCCACCCUUUAGAUCCCGAUUUACGCAAUGGUACCAAUGGCCCAGAGCUAGGUCGUCCUGUCACGGUUGGAGAGGACUGCUGGAUCGCCGGGAAUGUCAUCAUCCUACCAGGAGUGACAAUUGGCGAUGGAUGCACCAUUGGCGCAGGAAGCGUGGUCACAAAGGAUGUUCCAGACUGUCAUGUCGUGGCUGGCAACCCUGCUAGAAUCAUUCGCAAGAUUGAGCGCAGUGGUAGACCAGACCCCGAGGCUAGAGUGCAAAGUCAGAGGAACGGUUCUUUACAGAAUCAUGAAGAAUAG